AUGGCGCCAGCAAUGUCUGAGGCUGCUUCGCCAAUUGGCAUUGCCAACCUUCCAAACCAGAGGCAUAAGAUCGUUGCUAAACGUGGAGCUGCAUUCACCAUCAUGGUUGCAGGCGAAUCAGGCCUGGGAAAGACGACGUUCAUCAAUACCUUGUUCUCGACAACCAUCAAGAACUACGCAGACCACAGGCGCCGCCAUGCGAAGCAAGUAGACAAAACUGUUGAGAUCGAGAUCACCAAGGCUGAGCUGGAAGAGAAAUUCUUCAAGGUCCGCUUGACGGUCAUCGACACUCCCGGCUUCGGCGACUACGUCAACAACCGCGACUCGUGGAUGCCAAUCAUAGAGUUCUUGGACGAUCAACAUGAGUCGUACAUGUUGCAAGAACAACAGCCUCGCCGAGCCGACAGGAUCGAUCUCCGUGUUCAUGCGUGCCUUUACUUCAUCAGACCGACCGGUCAUACGUUAAAGCCCCUGGAUAUCGAAGUCAUGAAGCGCUUGAGCUCGAGGGUCAAUCUCAUUCCUGUCGUAGCCAAAGCGGACACACUGAGUCCGGCAGAUCUGGCUACAUUCAAGAGAAGAAUCCGAGCUGUUGUUGAAGCACAAGGGAUCAAGAUAUACCAACCACCGCUAGAGGAAGACGACGACGCUGCCGCCCACCACGCUCGGGCUUUGACGGAAGCCAUGCCGUUCGCUGUCAUUGGAUCUGAGAAGGACGUGAAGACCCAUGACGGGCGUGUCCUGAAGGGACGUCAAUACUCUUGGGGGGUCGCAGAGGUUGAAAACGAAGACCACUGCGAUUUCAAGAAGCUGCGGUCAAUUCUCAUUAGAACCCACAUGCUGGACCUCAUUCACACCACCGAAGAGAUGCACUAUGAAGCGUACCGCGCCCAGCAGAUGGAGACGAGGAAGUUCGGCGAAGCUCGACCGAGGAAGCUUGACAAUCCCAAAUUCAAAGAGGAGGAAGAGAGCCUACGUAAGAGAUUCACAGAGCAGGUGAAGGUGGAGGAGAACCGAUUCAGAGCAUGGGAGCAGAAGUUGAUCUCUGAGCGUGACCGCCUGAACAAGGAUCUUGAAAGCACACACGCAGCUAUCAAGCAAUUGGAGAUGGAAUUAGAGCAAAUGCAAGGCAGUGUUCAGCGAAGCCACGGACGUCGUUAG